GUGUGUGUGUAAUAUAACGAGUAACGUGUGGUGAAGUACCAGGGGCAUCGUGUGGAGCAGCUCGGGGCAGAAAAUAGAAACAGAGGCCGGGACAGCGCCGCCCUCCGCAGCUCCACGUCACACAGCGACUCAGUCAGUCAGGAAAUUCAAACACACACACACUGAUCCGUCCACCUCACUGACACACACACACUCACACACACACAGCACAUCUCUGCUGGUGCUGCUGCUGCUGCUGCAAGGUCACCGAGCCGGACACCCUGCGCUCCAUCAUCCAUCAUCCGUCCAGUCCACAGUGAAUACUCUGUGUUGAGGAGGGCCAGCGAUGCCGCCACCGAGUCCCCCUGCCGUGCCCCCCCCAGACGGCGAGUGGGGAUGGGCUGUGGUGUUGGCAUCUUUCAUCUCCAUAGGCUUCUCGUACGCCUUUCCCAAGGCCAUCACAGUCUUCUUCAAAGACAUCCAGAUCAUCUUCGAUGCCUCCUACAGUCAGAUCGCAUGGAUCUCCUCCAUCAUGCUCGCGGUCAUGUAUGCUGCAGGUCCCAUCAGCAGCAUACUGGUCAACAAGUACGGCUGCAGGCCCAUCGUCAUGAUGGGGGGAUGCCUCUGCUCCACCGGCAUGAUUUUAGCAUCCUUCUGCAACGAUGUGAUGCAGCUUUACCUCUGCAUAGGAGUUAUCGGUGGUCUUGGACUAGCAUUCAACCUGCAGCCAGCGCUGACUAUGAUUGGCAAAUACUUAAAGAAGCGGCCCAUUGCUAACGGUCUGGCAAUGGCCGGCAGUCCGGUGUUCCUCUGCACCUUGGCUCCUCUCAACCAGUACCUCUUCAACCAGUUCGGCUGGAGAGGCAGCUUUCUCAUCCUGGGCGGCCUGCUGUUAAACUGCUGUGUGGCCGGUGCCCUCAUGAGGCCUCUGGGGCCGCCACCCAGCAAGGUCAAGAAGGAAGAAGAGUUGGCAGCCAUCAGCACUACGACAAAGGAGAAGUGCAGCGUUUGGCAAACAGUCAACAAGUACCUAGACUUGACGCUCUUCAAACAUCGUGGCUUCCUCAUCUACCUAGUGGGCAAUGUCAUCAUGUUCCUGGGCUUCUUCGCACCUAUUGUCUUCCUUGCAGCCUUUGCCAAAGACAUGGGUGUGGAUGAGUACUCCGCUGCCUUCCUGCUUUCGAUCCUGGCUUUUGUCGACAUGUUUGCCAGGCCAUCAAUGGGGCUACUGGCCAAUUCGCGUUGGGUUCGACCUAGGAUCCAGUACUUCUUCAGCUUUGCUGUGCUGUACAAUGGGGUGUGCCACAUCCUCUGCCCUUUAGUUGAAAGCUACACCGGCCUGGUAGUGUACGCAGUGUUCUUUGGCUUGGCCUUUGGCAUGGUCAGCUCAGUGCUGUUUGAAACACUGAUGGACCUUGUCGGGGCUCCGAGGUUCUCCAGUGCUGUGGGACUCACCACCAUUGUGGAGUGCUGCCCGGUCCUUCUUGGUCCACCUCUAGCAGGGAAGCUGGUAGACGUCACAAAAAGCUACAAGUACAUGUAUUUUUGCUGUGGAGCUAUCGUGAUUUUGGCUAGUAUUUGGCUCUUCAUUGGAAACUUCAUUAACUACAGACUCUUGGACCGUGAGCGCAAACGUGCAGAAAUGUACAAGCGGACUGAAACGGAAGAUCCAGACAAAGUUCAGGAUCUUAAGGAGGCUGGUGAGGAAGCCAAGGCCUCUGAGGAGCUGGUCAACAAAGAUGAGAAAGAUGAGGAAUCUAUGCAGCGGGAAACCAACAUCUAGAUCCGUCUGCUCUCCCAACCACUCCCCUUCAGCUCCAGCGCAACCUUGCAACACUUUCAACUACGAUCAAACUGAGCUCCGUGUCAAGAGGCACCUCUUGGUGUUCCACUCAGCUCUAUUUGGGGUCCUCAGCAUUUCUCUAAAACUAACUUGAAAAACAACAACUGUGUUGUAGGAAGCUGAGACGAGCAGCUUCAGCUGUGACUUUUAACAGAAAUAUUAACCAGGGACAAACGUGUAGGAUACUGUAUGCAUAUGAAGAGGCUAAAAGUCAGAAGAUGAUUGUGGAAAUCAGUAUAGAAAUGACUAUUUUCUUUUUUUCCUCUUCCACCUGAUUUUGGAUUUACUGUAAACACAAGACUGCAACUGAGGAAUCAAUAUCUCCACCACAGAUUACCUAGUUGCAGUUAUAGACAGAAUAUGAGAUUAUUGUUUCUGGUGAAACUAUGUCAGCUGAGAAUAAACAGCAAAUCUGUGUUGAUGUUGGCAGAUAAUAACAAAAACAGUCAGUCGAUCAACUCUGCUGUCAAGUAUUAUCUGCUGCAAUGUGGUCAGACAGGAUUUUAGGUCAGUUGCAACAAGUGAAAAUAUCCCAAGCUGUAGCAACAAGCGUCACUCCGUUUCUCCUUCUGUGUCUUCCGAUAUGAUGUGAAUGCAGUAUCAACGUGUUGCCAAUGUUCCAACAUCACCAGCAAACUGAAUUCACAUGUUGAGUAAAGAUCUCUUCACAACCCUCUGAAGUCUUGCUAAAUGAAGAUUUGGUGUUUAACAAGACCUCUCUUUGAAUGAAAGGUCACAGGGUCAAGUGUUGAAGAACACUGAUCCCUAACUGUACGUUAACACAACAACCAACUUGGUUUAUCGGUUGCAUUUCAUCGUGGGGAACUUCCAGGCUCUGAUUGUACCAACUUUACAGUCAGAUCAGAGGUGCUCAUUCGUCAUUGGAAAAUGAAGAGAUGUGAUAAUUUCAGACAUUAAGCCAGCAAUAAUAAUGGAUACAGUCUUUUUCCAACAUGCAACCUUUAAAAUACCUUUUCGAUAGUCUUUCCCAUUGACUAUUUAAAGAACACUGACACAUUUAGGCUAUUGUUCCUGAAAUCGAAUCAAUAUGGAACAAAAGAGGAGCCAUGAGAUUCCUGGUUGCUCAGCUUUGUAGGAAGCAAAAACUUUAACUUUCUGAUAAUCUCGGUGCACUUGAUCCGUGAUACGUGUCAGCGAGAACCAGAAUGUAACGACCCUAAUUGCAUUCUUUCAUAUGGCAGUUGGGCGUCCUAAAAUCCUCACUUCCAUAAAUAAAGAGCAGAUGUGUUCACAGCUGGUGACGCUGGUGCACGCACAUUAUACUGCCCACCUGAGCACUGUUAUGUCGUGUUGUAAAACUGCACCAAUGUCCCACUUUAAUACGUUCGAUCAAGUCAUAAAAGGCUCCUUGUAAGUUGUCUAAUGCUCAAUAUUGCACUCAUAUACCGUAUGCUGCACUAAAAGAAAAAAAAUGGCCAUACGACUCCCCAACCUUCUUCAUAAAACUGCUGCAACUCAAUACAUUUGAUCAUGGUUGAAUGUAAUUUCCUCUGUGGGCCUUAAUAAGGUAUUAAUGACCAAAAUCUCUCAACUCCCUCAUAUUGAAAUGCAGACAUACAGGGAAACGUGCAGUAUAUCUCCUGGUCAGUUUAACAGUCCACUCUAUGAUGCAUUGCCUUAAAUGUGAUGUAGUGUAAUUCCAGUUGUACAGUGCAUACGUGAUAGUAUUAUACAAAGCUGAUACACUUUAACGAGACCGCUUAUUUUGCUGUUAGGAACUCGAUGUUAUCCGCUCCAUUCGUCCGCAUUGAAAUGUUAAAACGAGCAUUAAAGCAUCUGAAGGAAUACCGCUGACAAUACAAAUGAACGGAUGCUGAUCAAGUCUACCUGUAUUUGCAAUCUCACUGUGUGCUCUCAACGUGUUCCGGGUCAACAUAUCACGUAACAAUGUAACUGUCUGUUGUCGUAAGUGUCAGUGUUGUUCAAUAUUCCAUCCAUUCCAUGUUUUAUUUUAAUUUUUGUAAAUGUCACCCUACACUGUGCUGUUGGUCGUUUUUUGUCUCGACACCUGAAGCUCGGAGCUGACCACAUGGUGUCCUGUCUCAGCCAAACACAUUUUCAUAACAAAUGUAGUUGGUCAAAGCAAUCAUGAACAAAAGAAACCUGUCAUUGUCUCUUUUUUUUUUCCUGCGUUGAAUAUUUGAAUGUGUAUUCAGACUCAUGGAAAUGAAUGUCCAGCUGCGUAGCAGAGGCUCUAACAAUGUACCACCUUUACCCAGGAAUAAUGACAGCCGAGUCACAUCCUCUACGGUUUAAUGUAGAUGAAGUCUCAGCGUAUUGGUGGGAAACUGUUGAAAGAAAAACAACUUCUUCUCAAUUCGUUCUCAGCCAAGGACCCCUACAAGUGAGAAAAUAUUCCAGGGACCCCCCUCAUGUAUGACCCUCGGAAUAAUUUUACACAGCCUAUUUUUUUUACAGCUCUACUUAUGUGAGAGAAUAACACAAGAGAAGAGGUCAUACAAAGAUAUAAGACAUAAUAUUUUUACCAUUUCAACACGGGAUACUAAUGAUAAUUUAAAUGGAUGAAGCUGUAAACUUCUCACGGACCCUGACCCAUUUGAGAACCACUGCCGUAUGGAAAUGAGCCAGUCUGCCCCAGCAACACACAGACAACCCCAGCUUGUCAUUUGUUAGGUCCCUACAUGUUGAGAUUACCUCUUAGUCACUGACUCAAGUGACUGUAACUCAAACUCCCAAAAUGCACUUUGUUCAUUUCAUGCCGAUUGUAGUAUUUUCAUAUAUUGCAAUGUGUGUACCUUCCUUGUAGUUUUGUCUAAUGAAUAUGAUCUAUACCUAAUGAAUGUUGACUAUUCCAGCUUGCACUUAGUUAGUGGAAAGAGGAACUGCUUUUAUUCACUGUGCUCACUGUGCUUGAUGAGGGAAACACACUGCUGUGCAAUCACUCUCUACUAAAUAACACUGCCCCCUGCUGGUUCCAAAACCACCCAGACCAAAAGGUAAAAGCCAAGUUUCAACAGGAACAAACACAUUUUUCAUAUUUUACCUUUUUCGUCAAACCUUUAAGAUUUCAGUUUCAUGGGUAAUGCAAAUGCAUCUGUACUUUUUUUUCUUUUGGUGGUGGGAAUAUUCUUUCUUGGUGUUUAUAUGUGAACAUAUACAGGUUUAGGACACAACACAACCCAUGCAAUGGUUUGAUGGAACAAAACUAUAUUUUUUUAAUUUCAUCCGAGCCAUGUACAAUUUAUGAUUUUUACUCCAGGUUUUUCCCUAAAAUCUUUAACAAUAAGUAAGAAGCUUUUAUUGCUUUUGUAGAUGGAGCAGAAUGAACAGCAGUGUACCAGGAGGCGCGGGAAACCCCCCCAGAGUUUCCCAACCUAGUGUUGUGGAUUUUGAAUUUCAGAAUCUGAACCACAUUUAAAUCUGUGUAGGGGAAGUAGUUUCAUUUUAAAGGGAAAUAAAUCUGAAGGUGGAGGAACUGCUGCUUUAGAGGCCCCUCCACUUCUUCUAAUAGGGAAGCGAGUUUGGGGCACAUCAGAACAUAAACAGCAAAUAAACCAUGGUUAAAAUGUUGUGGUGUGUAUUGUUCUGCAAAACCAUGAAGAUAUUUAUUGAAAUUAAACCAAUAUAUAUAUAUAUUUUUUACUUCUUUUGGUUCAACAUGUUUAUUUGAAGAACAAAAGGAAACGUGCUAUAAUAAUGGAAUCUGAAUAGAGAUGAUGAAGAGUGGAUGUGACCUGCACCGAUAGCCUUAUCAAUUAUAUACUGCUUAGCAUCACAUAUAUUUUCUUCUUAUGUAUAAUACCUGUAUUUAGAAAGAGGUAUAUUUUAAGGUUUGCUUAAGACCACAUUUAGCAGAGGAUAAAUUUAAAUUUUUGAAUUUAUUUAUUUAUUAUUGUUAUUCCUGUAAACACACAACUUAUUAAAAAGUAAAUGUUCACUGGCUGAAAGUGGUUUUAUUGUAUAGCUUGAUUGUGUUUUGUUGUUUAUUUUUCUUAGGAUGGAUGAAACUAACACACAGAGUGGUUUAAAGUUUGUAAUGGUAUAAAAGAGAGGAAGAGGUGUUAGAUACAUAAAUGCAAAUGUCACGUGAAAAUGUGGCAACUUGCCCUUUUCAGAUUUUUAGGGUCGUCUGGUCGGCUAAUACAAUUAGCUUCAGUUGAGCUGAUUGAAACGACAGCAGAUUGGACUUUCAAAAACUCCCAUCGUCUGAAUGGUUGCGUUAAUCAUUACAAACCAGAGCCAAGUAAACAUAGCCACCAGAGAAAUUAAUUAAAAUUGUCCUGAUUUUUCUACUUGUUCUGAUUCUGAAUUAUGUUUCUGAAUGUGCUUUGAUCAAAGUGACCAAAGCCUUUAUUUCUAUCAGAAUCUUUCACAAGUUUAGUGUCAAUUCAGGAUUUCCACAUAUUCAAAACUCCCUUUUGAAAACCAUUGAUUUUAAAUAAUCUCUUCCCACUGAGCCAAUGGGAUAAAUUCUGCCACUAUAACAGAAGCUCAGUUGAACAAACUCUAGUCUGCAGAAUGAAAUCUUGAAUCAGUGUGUGUGUGUCAGUGUGUGUUGGUGUUGACUGUAAACAAGGUGGUUUGCUACUGGGAGGCUGUAGGACUGCCAAUAACAUCUCUGGUUGUUAAGCUAACUGUGCCUUAUUGUGCCACAAUGUUCUGAAAAGAUUUUUGUGAACACGCUAAACAUGAUAUUGUGUUGCUCAAACAUUUACCUUUUUUUAUUUAUUUUUUCCUCUUUCUCCUUCUGUCUGCAUGUUUCUUUGAUUUUAUAUAGUCGAUCAACCUAGCUAUAGCUGCUAAUACAAAAUCAACUCCUGUCUGUCUGUUCACCACAUUAACACAUAGGAACAAACUAGCUGUAAGGCUGCAUAACUAGAAAUAUCUAGUCUGGAUAUUGUUAAAUUGGCAGGAUUUUCUUAUAGUGUGUUAAUAGGACUUUGACAAGGAUGCAGAUAUAUGUCAUAUUGGACACAGUUAGUUGUGUUGACAUGUUGGGACCUCUGUACUGUAGCUUGUCUCAGAACUGAACUCAGUCCAUUAUGUCCUUCCAGUAGCAGACUCACUGUGUGAUUCCUCAUCAGGGCAUCAAACCGUUUUAGUUCAGAUUGUGUCUCCACUACCUCUGCAGCCGUCAUGUCGGAGCGAGGACCACACGGGUUUCCAAAACUGAUAUAUGUUUUGUUUUUUUGUAACUGUAAUAUGAAGAUAUCAUCUAUCACAGUAGGCUAAAUAAAUAAAAUAUGUGUCCAAAUAA